AUGACUGAACGUCGAAUACCGCUGCGGGUAUCGAACCAGAAAGCAUAUGUCUGGGAUGUCGACGAUAUCGCGACCCUCAGGUCCCAGCAUCAUAUCUGCGGUGUCCUUACAGGCACGCUCCCGCAUCUAUCCCAGCAGAAUGUCUUUCUCGGCAUCCCGCUGCUGCUUAUUCCCGAGGAGGUUGUGUUGCUAGUCGAAAAACAACUAGCCGUCCUCAUCGACGACCCACACGCCCAUCGCGUGCCGACCCAAGCCGAGCUCGACAACUGGAACGCCGCCCGCGCAGCCUCGGCACGCCUGCAAAUCGCCGCCGCAGAAACGAAGGAAGCCUCAGAAGUCUCCGUCAAGGCAGCCACGACAGAAGCCGCCCAGCAGAAGCGGAAAGAGCGCGAGGCCCGGCGAGCCGCCGCAGCCCGUACAAAAGCCUUGGGAGAGGGUGCCGACGCAGACGACGCGAAAGCCGCGCCCCCGCCCACCGCGGAACGGCCGUCAACGCCUUCAGCAGGCCCGCCGGCGUACACGGUGAGCGUCCCCGUCAGCUCGGCUGCUCUCCGGUGGUACGAGCCCGCAGGCUGCACGUACACGACGAUUGAGGACGCGCGGGAGGGAGGAAUCUGGACGUACCCAUCCGACCAGUACGAGCGCGCCAAGUGCGGGGUCUACCGCGAUUUGUGGGAGAAGGGGAACUUCAUGGGCGGGGGCAUCAAGUUCGGCGGGGACUUCCUGGUGUACCCCGGCGAUCCGCUCCGAUAUCACUCGCACUUCGUGGCAUCCGUGAUCGACUCGCCCAUCGCUACGAUGAAGCCAAUGGAGAUCGUCGCGCACGGGCGCCUGGGCACAGCAACAAAGAAGGCGCAUCUCCUGUGCGGAUGGGACGACGAGAAGCAAGAGGUCUCUUACUUCUCCAUCGAGUGGGCCGGCUUCGGUUGA